AUGGCUGACCCGCGCCCGCCGCCGUCGCUGCCCGACUUUAAACUCGCAGAGAAACUCGGACAGGGCGCAUUCGGGAGCGUGUACAAGGCCCUCAACUGGACGACCGGGGAAACAUGCGCCGUCAAGCAGAUCGACCUGUCGCACAUCCCGGAAAGCGAGCUGCCGGACAUCAUGUCCGAGAUCGACUUGCUCAAGAACCUACAUCACCCGAACAUUGUCCAGUACCGCGGCUACGCGCGCACCUCGACUUCCCUCUACAUCAUCCUCGAAUACUGCGAGAACGGUUCGCUCUCGGCCAUCAUUAAAAAGUUCGGCAGGAUCCCCGAGUCGCUCGUCGGGCUGUACACGCUCCAGGUCUUGCAGGGGUUGCAGUACCUCCAUGAUCAGGGCGUCAUACAUCGCGAUAUCAAGGGGAGCAACAUACUCGCUACCAAGGAGGGCAGCAUCAAGCUCGCCGACUUUGGUGUCGCCACCCGCGUAGGCGGACCGAUCGACUCGGCGGUCGUCGGCUCGCCCUACUGGAUGGCACCUGAAGUAGUCGACCAAACCGGCGCGACUCCCGCAUCCGACAUCUGGUCCCUCGGCGCUCUGGUCGUCGAGCUCAUCACCGGCAAACCACCGUACCACUUUCUCGACCCGAUGCCUGCGCUCUUCCGAAUCGUCAACGACGACUGCCCUCCGCUCCCCGACGGCGCAAGCGCAGUAGUCCGCGACUUUCUCGGGCAGUGUUUCCAGAAAGACGCGAACCUGCGCGUCGGGGCGAGAAAGUUGCUUCGACACCCGUGGAUGGUAGCGGCGAAGAGGCAGGCGGAUCAGCAGAGGAAGGUGUCCGAGGCGAGGGAGGCGGUUGUCCGUGGGGCGGAGGGGCAGGGGGUGAGAAGGGCGCCCGGGGCGAGGGCGAGACCGACGACGGUGUAUGAGGAGGAGGUACAGAAGGUCCGGGAGUGGAACGAGGCGCUCAAGGCUGCUCCAACGGCCCUCCGCGCCGCGCGCUCUUCCGCACCCGCGACAAGCGGCGACGAGAAUCGCCGCCCGACGCACCUCCGCACCCUCUCGCAAGUCGUCCGCCGGCCCUCCGCCGAACUCGCCUCCACGCUUUCCUCCGCCCCCGCUCCUUUGCCCAAACUCUCCGACCCUCCGCUCGCCUCGACUUCGCGGCGCAACUCGAUCCCGUUGUCGGUCAUCCAGCCUGUCACCGCCGCUCGAGCAGUCGACACGCACGCGAGGGAGGAACAGCUGGACGAUAACUGGGACAGCGACUUUGAGGACGGGAUUUCGAUCUCGAAGAUCGCGGCGCUCGAGGGGUUGUCUUCGUCUGCGUCCGAGUCGGAGGGCGAAGGGGGAAAGAAGGGCGAGCAGGAGGAGGAGGAGGAAGUUGAGGGCGGUGGCUCAGUCACGAUCCGACCUGGUCGGCUGAGUGCGGCGACCAUUCGCGCGGGCAGAUCUGGGGGAGCGAAGAAGGUGGGUCAGGCCAUGCCGCCUAUCGUCGAGGACUACUCGGACUUGGUCGGCGAUGACGAGGCGGAUGCGCUCGAUCUCGGAGUGAGCAGGUUUAAGGCGAAGAACAAACCUGCGAUCCAGCUGCUCCGACCAAGCGACAUCGCCAACUUCUCCAUCCGCGCUCCCUCGACUCCUCCCAGUCCUCGCAAGCCUUCGACACCGACACACUCCGGCUUCCAGCCCAGCACGCUGAGUGCGAGCGAAUCGUCGAUCUUUGACAAGUACGGCGAGCAGGACGUGGACGACUAUUCGGAUCUGUUCGGAAGGACGGCUGCUGGGGACAAUCAGACUUCUCUCGGCUCGCUCAAGCUCAACACGCGUCUCUCGAACAAGUCUUGGCUCGGAGAAGAAGACUCGGACGAGGAAGACCCCUUCGCAGCCGUCGAAGCGGAAGAGCUUGACCCGCACGGCACGAUCGCUUUCCUCGACGACUCGGAAGCCGACCUCGCGGCCAACCUCGCUCGGGACCAAUUCGCACGACAAUGUGCGCUGGUCGAGGAGCUCGUGGAUGUCGUCGCGUCGGCAGAACAUCCCGACGACUUUGAGACUCGCGAGGCGGCCUUGCAGCUCACGGGCUUGCUCGAAGAGUCGUCUGACGCCUGCACGCACUUCGUUAAGUCUCACGGGAUGCUGGUCGUCCUAGAGGCCCUGCGAAUCGCCCGCUCGCGCGACGUCCUUUCGAUCCUCCUCCGAAUCGUCAACCUCAUCGUUGGGUCGGACCCAGGCAUGCUCGAGAAGAUCGCGCUCGUCGGCGGCUGCCCUGUCGCGAUGGCCUUUUCCUCAAAGCGCUACUCUCGCGAGAUCCGCCUUGAGGCCGCGCUCUUCAUCGGCGCCAUGUGUCGGACGUCGCUGCUUACGCUCCAAAUGUUCGUCUCAUGUCAAGGCUUGCGCUCGCUAGUCGAGAUGCUCGACGAGAACUACCAGGAAGGGAAGGACCUCAUCUGGAUGGCUGUGGACGGCAUCAGCCGAGUCUUCGAGAUGCAGGGACCGAUCCCGCGCAACGACUUCUGCCGCAUCUUGACGCAAGAAGCGGUUCUCGAGCCUCUGUCGAAUGCCUUGCUCAGCGUCUGCGGCGACACCGACGACCUUGCCGAGAGCGCCAAAGCGAAGAUCGUCCACAUUCUGCUCCUCUUUGCGCAGUCGGAUCAUAAGGUCAAAGAGGCGAUUGCGAAGCGCGGCGUUCUCCUACGCCUCGUCCGUGCAGCCGACUUGCUCGAGCCUGAGCUCCUCGCGGUCCUGCUCAAGACGGUCAAGAACGUCUCGAUGCUUCCUUCCGCACUCGAGGUUCUCCAGAACGCCGGAGCGAUCGAGAUGCUUGUCAGCAUGCUAGCCAAGACGUAUCGCGGGCGCGUGGGUGCAGAGAUUCAAAACCACGCCGUCAACGCGCUCUUUAACCUAUGCCACCUCAGCAAGUCUCGACAGGAAGAAGCUGCUCGCGCCGGCGCCAUCCCGCUCCUCCAGGCCAUCGUCCGCAACAACUCGCCCCUCAAGCAGUUUGCCUUGCCGAUUCUCUGCGACUUUGCCCACGCUGGAAAGGCGUGCCGUCACCUUCUGUGGAAGCACGACGGCGUCAGCUUCUACCUGCAGCUGCUCAAGGAUACCUUCUGGGUCAACUCGGCUCUCGAGGCGCUUCUAGUCUGGCUGCAAGACGAGUUGGUCCGCGUGGAAGCAUGCCUGCUUGAGCAAUCCUCGCUCGACGCUCUGGUCCGCCUCUUCUGCAAGGAGAAGGGCACGACGUUCGAAAACUUGCUCGAGCCGCUGCACAAGAUGCUGCGAGCCUCUUCGACCCUUGCCUCCCGCCUCGCCGUUCAGUCAGGCUUCCUCAAGCGCACUGUCGAGCGACUCGAGCGAGCCAGCAAGGCAGUCGUCCGCCUCAACCUCCUCCGCAUCAUCAAGACCGUGUUCGACUCCCUCGCCGACCGCCGCGACCGCGACAAGGCGAUCCAGAUCCUCGCCGCGCCCAUCAGUCGGUUGGCUCAGGAAGACAAGGCAGUCUUGUCGCGCCAACUCGCCAAGACGCUUGCCGCAGACUUUGCCAACACGAAGGAGGAGUCGAAGCGGAGUCUAGCCCAGCGAGCGAUGCGACGCGCGGCAUCAGAAGGCGGAGGAAGUCUGUCAGCGAUGCCAGACACCGGCUCGCGUCGAUACCGCCCCGCUCUCUCCUCCGCCAACUACAGCUCGCCUGCAAUCUCAGGCCGUGAUUCGCCUACUCCCGCCUCGCCACGCACCUCUUCCGCCCGGCAGGCACCCGUCCUGCCGUCUUCUCUGGCAAAUCCGCCGGCCCGACGUUCGUCCGUCAGGCGGUAG